AUGGUGUUUUUACAAGUUAUUGCAGUGAUCCAUGCACUUUUCGAUGUGGUCGGCCUUCCUGGUAAUUUGCUGGUGAUCUUGACGAUAUCUUUCGAAAGGAGAUUGCACGUGAUGCGAUACAUUUUCCUUGCCAGUCUCGCCGUGUCCGACUUUCUGAAUCUAAUUCUCGAUAACUCGUUUCGCAUCGCAAGCAUAGCACAAGAAAAAUGGCUAUACGGCCAGACAAUGUGUUAUCUCAAUCCAUGCUUUCAUCGCUACUUUUACAUCAACACGAUUCUUCACCUGGUGGCAGUGUCUUACGAUCGGUACAAGGCAAUCGUCAAAUCGCCUUUAACGUACGAUGGCACGAUUACUAUACGCAACGCGCUGUUCAUGUCCCUCAUCUGGCUCAUCCCAAUUCCAGUGUCCAUGGGUCCGAUUUUUGGUUACGGCUUGCAGAACGUCUAUAAUCCAGAGGUGUUUCGCUGUGAAAAUGGAUGGCUUUCUCAGAGGGAUAAAUCUGAUACAAGGAAUGGGUUGAUCUACUUGUCUUCCUUCAUUGUGCCAUUUUUGGUAAUUUUCUUACUAAACUGGUCGGUUUACAACACGGCAAAAAUGCAAAUAAACGCCUUGGCACAAGAAACCCAGCUAGGAGGUUUUGACGAUUCUGCUGAAAACCUUGAAAACAAUCAACAAGAACUUAUAAGAAAAAGAAAAGAAAGAAAGGCGUCCGUUGAUGUCGUUGUUAUUAUUGCUGCGUUUCUGUUUUGCUUUUUUCCACUAUGGGUUGUUAAUUUACUCCGUAAGUAUGCGACAAGCAUUCACGUCCCACCCUAUCUGAUUCUUGGUGCAAAGUGCAUGUAUGUUGUCAGUUCGGUGUGCAACACGAUUAUCUAUUCUAUUCGGAAGAGGGAAUUUCGCGCUGCGGUUAAGCAAAUG